AUGUCCACACCAAAAAAGCUUUGGAUCGAUACAGAUUGCGGAAUUGAUGACUCAACCGCAAUUUUGAUCUGCCUUGCAUGCCCAGAUUACGAAGUUGUUGGCAUUUCUUGCCUUGGAGGAAACGCAUCUCUUGCAAAUGUCGUUCACAACGUUAAUAGAACAUUAAAAGUUUGGGGUCACGGAGCUGAAAAGAUUCCUGUCUAUGCCGGCUGCGCUGAUGCUUUGGUCGUUAAACAAAUGCAUGCGCCAACAAUUCACGGAAAGGAUGGUCUUGGCGACAUUGAUGACAGUGUAUUUGAUUAUGAUUUGAAUGAUACAGUUCAAACAGAGCACGCUGUUAACGCUCUCAUAAAUGCAGCAAAUACAAUUCCAGAUCUCACAUUAUUAACGCUAGGACCGCUUACUAACAUUGCCAUUGCAUUCAGAAUGAAUCCAGUAGCAAUGAACAAGCUCAAAGAGAUUUGGGUUAUGGGAGGAACAUCCGACCAUGUUGGAAACUGCACAAAAUGGGCUGAGUUCAACAUCCGCGCUGAUCCAGAAGCCGCCCAAGCAAUUUUCCGCGAUUACGACAACUCUAAAAUUACAAUUUCGAGUUGGACAUUGACACAAAUGAACAGACUUAAGCCAAACGAAGUUACAAGACUCACAGGAAGAGAAGAUACAACAAUCGCUAAGUGGAUGCAUCAUACAUGGGCAACGAUGAUAAAAUUCUGUGCAAAGACAGUAAAUGACGGCACAAUUGCAACAGCAGAUCCAGUUGCUGCAUUCUGCAUGUGCUAUGCUGACAAAGGAGUAAAGAAGUGGGAGCGUUUCAAGGUAAACGUUGUUCUUCACGGAGAACAAAUCGGAAUGACCGAUGCCGUUCCAGAUCCAAAUGGAAUUCGCUAUGCCAUGGAAAUUGACCACGAAAUGUAUCUCCAAACACUUGACAACCUUAUGGCUGAUCAUUAA